AUGUCCAUGCAAUUAAAUAAGAGUUUAAGAAAGUUGCUUACUGUGCCAAUAAUAAUGGCUCGACAUUCCAAAAGGAAUGCAUUAACUGCAGACCUGUCUCUGGCAAGUGAUACAACCUCAUGUGAGUUUAAUAAAUAUUUGCAAAAUGAGGUCGAAAGGGAGAAAGAAAUUCAAAAGAGAAAAAAAAUAAAGCGAACUCAAUCAAAAGAUCUAUUAAGUCCGAAUAGCAAAUCUAAAUUCCAAUCAAGAACAAUAGGGAGUAAGAAGGAGAAACAUAGACAGAUAGAGCCAGAAUAUGAAGUCAUCAUUGAUGGGCCUCUCAGAAAAAUCAAACCCUACAAUUUUACCUAUAGGACCUUUUGCAAAGAACGUUGGAGAGAUAGAAAGUUAAUUGAUGUCUUCACAUCUGAAUUUCGAGAUCGUGAACCUGAUUACUAUCGAAAGACAAUUGCCAGCGGAAAUGUUUGUUUAAACAACAAGGCUGCAGACCUGUGUACUGUAAUUCGCAAUGGAGAUAUGAUUACGCAUCAAGUCCAUAGACAUGAACCCCCAGUCACUUCUAGGCCCAUAAAGGUUGUUUUUGAAGAUGACGACAUAAUAGUUAUUGAUAAGCCUAGCGGUAUACCUGUUCAUCCUACUGGCCGAUAUCGGUUCAAUACGAUUACGAAGAUGUUACAAAGAAACCUAGGAUUUGUCGUAAAUCCAUGUAAUAGAUUAGAUAGGCUCACGAGUGGACUAAUGUUUCUGGCAAAAACUCCAAAGGGAGCUGAUGAUAUUGGUGAUCAGCUGAAAGCUCGAGAAGUUAGCAAGGAAUACGUGGCGAAGGUGGUCGGAGAAUUUCCGGAAGGGGAAGUGGUUGUUGAAAAACCUCUUAAACUAAUUGAACCGAGGCUUGGUCUUAACGCAGUAUGUCAAAUGAAAGAGGAAGGCGCAAAACACGCAAAAACUGUUUUUAACCGGAUCAGCUACGACGGAAAGACGAGUAUUGUAAAGUGCAAACCGCUUACUGGGCGAUCACACCAAAUUAGGGUACAUUUACAAUACCUGGGCCACCCAAUUGCUAAUGAUCCUAUUUAUUCGAAUGAUGAAGUGUGGGGUAGCAAUCUAGGAAAGAAUGGACAGGUAGACUUGGCUACAGUUGUAACCAAACUUGAUGAAAUAGGGAAGAGCAAGCCUGCUAAAAGUUGGUUUUAUGAUAGUUACGGGUAUGGUGAAGUACUGAGGCAAGAAAAAUGCUCUGUUUGUGAAUCAGAUUUGUACACUGAUCCCGGUCCUAAUGAUCUUGAUCUUUGGUUGCACGCAUAUCUAUACGAAUCCACCAAGACUGAAGAAGAAAUCGGAGAAAAAAAUUGGUGCUACAAAACUGAGUAUCCUGAUUGGGCUUUAUCUAUAUAA